GGGUGGCAAAUUGACUGCUGACGCAAACGCUUAGAACUAGGAAGUUUUGACGGUGUAGAGUAUCAACAAUAACAACAAGUUCUGGUUGGCAUCACGGUGCUACUUGGUACCCUUACUGUAUGCAGUGAUGUUCAGAGGCCUGGGCAGCUGGCUAGGCCUGGAGCCUGAACCUGAAAAGGAUACACAAUGUACGGAGGAGAACGAGCCGGAGGUGACGCCUGUGAGUGAAGGGGAGAGUCCGGGGAAAACAGGAGAAGAGCAGCCAUCAGAGAAUGAGCCGGAGGAUGUCCUGCUAAAACAGGCUAAGGGUAUUGGGAAUUAUAUUUUGAACUUUGCUUCUGUGGCUACAAAAAAGAUAUCUGAAUCAGUUGCUGAGACAGCGCAAACUAUCAAGAAAUCCGUAGAAGAAGGCAAAAUUGAUGGGAUCAUUGAUAAGACCAUCAUUGGUGAUUUUCAGAAGGAACAAGAAAAGUUUGUGCAAGAAAAGAGCAAAAAAACAGAAGCAGCAGCUCCACCUUGGGUUGGAUAUAAUGAAGAGGAGACUAUCCAACAGCAAAUUCUGGCCUUGUCAGCAGACAGACGGAACUUUCUAAGAGAUCCUCCUGCUGGUGUACAUUAUAAUUUUGACUUUGAACAGAUGUACCCUGUUGCCCUUGUGAUGCUGCAGGAAGAUGAGCUGCUUAAUCGAAUGAGAUUUGAUCUUGUCCCAAAACUUGUGAAGGAAGAAGUCUUUUGGAGAAAUUAUUUCUACCGGGUUUCCCUGAUUAAACAGUCUGCACAGCUAACUGCCCUAGCAGCCCAACAAGCAACAGGAAAGAAUGACAAAGUUAACGGCAGACAAAAUGAUGGCGACUUAGAAGAGACUGUAAGACCAAAAACGCCACCAGUUGCUAUCAAGUCUCAACUUAAAAGCCACGAGGAAGAAGAAGAGAUCUCCACAAGCCCUGGCGUAUCUGAGUUUAUAAGUGAUGCAUUUGAUGCAAGCAAUCUAAAUCAAGAGGACCUAAGAAAAGAAAUGGAACAGCUUGUUCUCGACAAAAAGGAUGAGCAUGAUAAUGGGGAAGAAGAAUCAGAAGACUGGAUAAAGGAAUUACAGGAGGUUGUUCAGGAAUAUGAAGUUGUUUCAGAUUCUGACAAAAUAAAGGACGAAAACUGGGACAAAGAGAUUGAAGAGCUUCUACAGGAGAACUAAUAUGAACUGAUCCAUUGUUUUCUGGAAAAUGUUCUUCUCUCCCAUCCAUUCCCACAGACUCUGCAGAAAAUCUUAUCUGCUGUACUUCUCCAUUGGAUUUUAGCAGCAUUGUCGGUUAUUGCUGAAAGAUUACAGUUUACAGUUGUUGAACUCUUAAUGGCAAACGACAAAAUGCUGUUCUUUGGAAUAUUAAACUAUACUUUGGGACGUCUCUUCUGUUGUUAGUGUAAUGUUGUCUUUGUCACCUCCUUAAUAUUACUUACUGCACAGAUCUUUAAAUUUUGUCAUUUCUAUAUGGGGGUAAUCUGGUUUUGUGUAGAUAAAUUAUUUGUGUCAUUUUAUGCUAAUUUCGUUCUACAAGUAUAUGCUUUUCUCCUGCAAGCUUUGUAAAAAUAAAUUAUACUUUUUUGUAAACAUACAUACCUUAGAGUCCAUGUGAUGAACUAUACUUUACUGAACAUACCCAUCAUGCUAAAUGAUGGGAUAUCAUUUAUUUUCGAUAACUAUGAUUUUAAUUUGUGGUUUUCUUUAUUUUUUUUCUCCAGAGGUGUCAAAUUGUUUAAUUUUUGUGUAAUUAUCGUUUACUAUGUUCAAUUAUAUUUUUGCUAUCAUGGAGCAAAUUUUACCUGGUUUUAGUACUAUUUUAUUAAAAUUUCCUUCUUCUUAUGGAAAUAUAUAUAGCAAAAUCUAAUGGCAUAAAAUCAAGUAAAUUGUUAUUGACCGCUACAAAUAUCUGUUCAAAAGUGUCUGUUAAUACAAGUGAAUAAAAACUUUGAGAAAUC